AUGCAAGGCCCAGUCGAAGGCCCCAGCAGCAACGGCGGCGGCAGCAGCAGCAGCAGCAGCAGCAUCAGAGGCAGUGGCGAUGGCGGCGGCCCCCUGGCUGCUGUGCGCGCCUUCUUCCUUCCCACCGGCUGGCCUCAUUCCGUAACGCCCGAUUACCUGCGGUACCAGCUGGCCUCGGUACCGGCACACAUCACCGGCUGGAUGUCCCACAGCCUGGCCACAAGUAGCAUGAUCACUGCACUCGGGGUGGAUGCCGGGCCCGCCACCAUCGCCGCCACCUCUGCCGCAGUCAAGUGGCUGACCAAGGAUGGGCUGGGGGCCGCAGGGAGGCUCAUCGUGGGCGGCAGGCUGUCCUCAGUGUUUGACGAGGACCCCAAGCGCUGGCGCAUGGUGGCCGAGGGGGUGACCACCGUGGGGCUGGCCAUGGAGAUCGCCACCCAGAUCUACCCAGGCGGGCUGCGCAGCAAGUUCCGCGUGGUGUCGGUGGUGUGGUCCUAUUUCAUUGCCCUGGCAGGCACCGGGACGCUCUGCAAGUCGAUGGCCAAAGGCAUGGGCACGCCGUGCUUCAGGAUCAUCCAGACGCACUUCUCGGCCACUAACAAUGUGGGCGAUGUAGCGGCCAAGGAAGAGGUGUGGGAGGUCGCCGCACAGCUGCUAGGUCUGGCUGCCAGCGUGGUGGCGCUGCAGGCGCUGGAGGCGGCGGGAUCGCCUGACACUGUGGUGCCGAAGCGGGCUGCGCUGAUGGCAAGCAGCCAUGUGCGGACGGGGCUCGUGCCGAGCGUGGAGCAAGUCAACCUGAGCGAGCAGGUGCUGCUGCCGCCCACCAUGUGCCAGCCCAGCGUCCACUACGGGUGCACCCUUGACCAGGCGCUGGGCAGCGGCGGCGGAGGCUUUGGUGGCGGUGCAGCCAGCGGUGGCAGGGGCCAGCAGCUGGCUGAGCUGGUACGGCUGUACGAUGGGGAGCAGUACAUGCUGACCUGGCACAGAGGUGCCGCCUGGGUGCUGGUCCUGGAGGGCGCGCAGCGGGCAGACCUGCUGCGGGCCAUGUGGCAGGCGGCCUGGCUGGAGGAGCACCACCAGCAGCAGGGAGAAGGGCUGGAGCAGCAGCAGGGAGAAGGGCCAGCGCCCAGCGACGGUAGCGGCGGCAGCGUUGGCAGCGUGGUGCCGGCAGCGGAGGUGCUGGCGGCCAGCCUGGCGGCCAUGCAGCAGCAGUGGCCCGACUUUUUGCAGCAGGCGCAAGAGCAGGGGUGGCUGCUGGACAAGACAGUGCUGCCGCAGGGCACGGCAAGGCUUCGAGUUGAGUGA